CAACGCAAGCGUUCGGUCGUGCUCUCAUUCGAUUCGCAACACCAAACUGCUGAGCGGCACAGUACUAUAUAUUCUCGUAUCCAAUCGUCUGAUACUCGAGGUUAAUCGUGUGCGCGUUUCCGCUAUUGUGGAUCGGUAGCAUACACGUGACUCCAUGGCAGAGAACGAGCUAUUGAGCAACCAACAGAGUCAUGCAAAUGCUCGCAUAUUGCGCUCGGAAGAGCCGGCAGCCAAUGGCGCCAAAUCGAACAGCCUGGAGCUGGUAAAUGGGAGACAUUUUGAGGCGCCUUGCUGUCGGGACAUACACGACAAGGAACCGCCGGAUGGCGGGGCGCGUGCCUGGCUCGUGAUGCUAAGCGCCUUCCUGUGCAACGGUGUCAUCUUUGGUUUCAUUAAUACUUACGGGGUAUUGCAUUCCUUGUUAACUGACCGCCUCACUGAGAAGGGCGACACGGAUGCCUCCAGCAAAGCGGCACUUGUUGGAUCUUUGACAAUUGGUACAACAUUCCUACUUUCUCCCGUUGCCGGCUGCCUUACCGACAAGAUUGGUCUGCGUCUAACAACCUUUGCCGGUGGCGUGCUCUCAGCCGGUGGACUUCUCCUGUCUUCUUUCUGCACCGAGAACAUCAGCGCGCUGUACUUUACAUAUGGCAUCAUGUUUGGCUUUGGAGCAGCACUUGCCUAUACGCCUACCUUGGCCAUACUGGGCCACUACUUCAAGCGUUACCUUGGAAAGGUGAGCGGCUUCGUGACCGCCGGCUCCAGCGUCUUCACUGUCGUACUGCCUCCCUGUCUAGACAGUAUGCUAAGGGUGUAUGGCUUUGAAGCCGCACUGCAAAUAAUGAGCUUGAUAGCGGCCUUUAUUAUCAUUUGCUCAUUUGUAUACAAGCCGUUGCAUCCACCUCCGAUGCCACCAAAAAAGAAACCUGGUCGUUCGCGAGUGAACCUAUUGCUUCGUUCUAUUGUCAAUGUGGAGAUCUGGAAACGAAAGCGAUACGUAAUCUGGGCCUUUUGCGUACCUCUCGCACUUUUCGGUUACUUCGUCCCCUACGUCCAUAUGAUGAAGUUUGUGGAAAAGGCAUUUCCUGGGAAGGACGUUAAUCUGCCCGUUAUGUGCAUCGGGAUUACCUCUGGUGUUGGACGUCUGAUCUUUGGCGUCAUCGCUGAUUUGCCGGGCAUCAAUCGCAUGUACUUACAACAGCUUUCCCUGGUUUGCAUCGGUUUAGUUACAUUGCUGCUACCACUGACGAGCUCGUAUGUGGUGCUGGUGUGCUUUGCACUUAUUAUGGGGCUUUUCGACGGAUGCUUCAUAUCUUUACUCGGACCAAUAGCGUACGAGAUCUGUGGACCGUCAGGAGCAACGCAAGCCAUUGGAUUCUUGCUUGGCCUGAGCUCAUUGCCCUUGACCAUUGGGCCACCAAUAGCAGGCAAAAUAUUUGAUAGUACCGGUUCCUACACUGUGCCGUUUAUCUUAGCCGGCCUGCCGCCUUUGGUGGGGUCCUCGCUGCUGUGUCUUAUACGCUAUGUCAAGGACGAUGAAAAUAAAGCUGUCGCGGGUCCAGUCGCUCAUGUGCCUGUGGUUGCAAGCACAGAUAUAGAAAAUAUCGCACAUACUCAAAACAGUAAAUCCGAUUCUUUACUUAACGGACAUGUGCGAUUGGCCGAUACAGGUAUGGACUCAUACACCGCAUCCCAUAGUCUGCUAAACAAUGCUUCCGGCCAAAGCCCAUCUAAUUUCACUGCUCGCCUCUCUGCUUGCGCCCAUCCUAGUAGAUUGACAAUGACUAAUAACAGCUUAACCAUUUGCUCCCACACUCCCUUGCUUCGUCAUAAUUCCAGAAACAUAUCUAUCCCAGUUGCCGAUAAUAAGAAUCUGGGUUGCAGCUUCUUAGGCGUUAACUUUAAAGACGAGUCAAAGAAACGCCGCUAUACCUAUUCAUUAUAUUAACAAAUUGUUCUAUUCUUGUAAUUUAAUACAAGAACAACAAUGACAAUUUUAAAACGAUUCCUGUAUUAUAUUUGGUUAUUCAUAUUAUUAUUGUAAUAUAAUAUGGCCUUUGCACAUAUAAAUCCAUCCUUUUAAACUAAAUAACGUGUAGAUGAAUCCAAAAUUCCAGCUUAAAACACGUUCUACACUUUAGACAACAUUCUAUACUAUUAGCUCGGACCAAAUACAAAGAGUCUUGCGCAACAUAUCCCUACAAGAUUACAAAUUUGUAGUUCUUGGAUGAUAUUCCCUCAAUCAUUUAAUUUCAACAAGUUCAUAUUAUUGCUAACCCAUGUACACGCAAUCAUCCUAGCACAAAGAAACUUACACAAGAGCUUCCAAAAUAAUACCAAUAAUCGGCAGAAACAUUAAAAGGUCUUUCUAUUUGUGCAGUAAUAACGCUUUUUUAAAUGUAUAAUUGCAAUUAGGCAAUGCAUGUAUUAUAUAGUAUGUAUAUUAUGUAUUUUUAAAAUUCUAUGUAUUAUAUUUAAACACAUCAAAGCUGGUGGUAUU